UUGUGCCCGCAGGCCUCUCCACGGGAUCGGAGGUCCUGCCCCUCCCUGAGCCGCGCAGGCGGCACCGAGACGAGCCCGCCCCUCGCGUCAGCGCGAGGACAGCGGGCGGAGCCCACGCCCGGCGGAAGCGGGAGGCCAGGGAGAGGCCAGAGCUGAGCGACGGCGGCUCCAGACAGCCCGGGACGAACAGGAUGGGCAGCAGCUCGCUGUCCGAAGACUACCGCCUGUGCCUGGAACGCGAGCUGCGGCGCGGCCGCGCGGGCGUGUGCGGGGACCCCUCGCUGCGCGCCGUGCUCUGGCAAAUCCUGGUGGAGGACUUCGACCUGCACGGGGCGCUGCAGGACGACGCGCUGGCGCUGCUCACUGACGGGCUGUGGGGCCGCGCCGACUUGGCGCCCGCGCUGCGCGGCUUGGCCCGCGCCUUCGAGCUGCUGGAACUGGCCGCCGUGCACCUUUACUUGCUGCCCUGGAGGAAGGAGUUCACCAUCAUCAAGACCUUCUCUGGGGGCUAUGUGCACGUGCUUAAGGGCGUGCUUUCCGAAGACCUCCUUAUUAAGAGCUUCCAGAAGAUGGGCUAUGUGCGCAGGGACAGCCACUGUCUCAUGGUGACCGCCCCACCCCCGGCCUGCCAGCUGGUCCAGGUGGCCCUGGGUUGCUUCGCCCUGCGGCUGGAAUGUGAGAUCCUGGGAGAGGUGCUAUCCCAGUUGGGCACCAGUGUGCUGCCAGCUGAGGAGCUGCUGCAGGCACGCCGGGCCAAUGGGGAUGUGGCCUCCUGUGUAGCCUGGCUGCAGCAGCGACUGGCCCAGGAUACUGAGCCACCGCCCCUGCCCCCCAGAGGCACCCCUGCUACUUACAGGGCACCACUGGACUUGUACCGAGACCUGCAGGAAGACGAGGGCUCAGAGGAGGCCAGCCUGUACGAGGAGCCAUCCCUGGACCCAGACUCACCCCCAGGAGAGCUGGCCUACAGACCCCCACUCUGGGAGCAGAGUGCUAAACUGUGGGGCUCUGGGGGCCAGGCCUGGGAGCCCCCAGCUGAAGAGCUAUCUCAGGCCAGCAGCCCACCCUACGGGGCCUCAGAGGAAGAGCUGGAGCCUGAGCCCUCAGCCUUCUCCUUCCUUUCUCUGCGCCGAGAGCUGAGUCGGCCUGGAGACCUGGCCAUUCCUGAAACCCCCAGGAGUCCUGGGGGCGCUAGCCCCAGGCAUAUGCGGGCAGAGGCAUCAUCCUUUGGGCCUGCCCCUGAGCCCCCAGGCUACCAGGCACACAGUUGCCUGCUCCCUGGCACCCUACCCACCCUCUGCUGUGACACCUGCCACCAGCUGCAUGCAGCCCAUUGCGCAGCCCUGCCCACCUGCCGCCCCAGUCACUCACUGCGUGUGCUGCUUGGGGAGCCCCGACGGCGCCUAUGGCUACAGCGUGCACAGAUGGACACUUUGCUCUACGACAGCCCUGGGGCCAGGCCCUAGGCCCAGGAGGGCCCCACGUCAGGGGCCUUAGUUCCCAUGGUGCUUCUCUUUGGGGGGCUCAGGCCAAUGGCUACCCUGCCACGGGGGAGUCCUGGGCACAGCAGGAGGGGUUUAGACAGUCCAGGCCCCACUAGGGGGACAGAUUGCCUUGCUUUACACAGAAAGCACCUCCCACAGGGACCAAGUCUAGACCCCAGCAGUAGCCUUUCUACAGGCUCCUGUCCUCAGUAUCCAUGCCUACAGCCAGCCUAUGUGUCUAAGUCAGUGAUCAAACCUGCCCCUGAGAAGGACCCGUGACCUGAGGCCUUCUGGCUGGCCUGCACUCCUGCUCUAUGAGGUCUGUGGUUCAGAACAUGCAGCCUCCCUGCACAUGUCCAUCUCCAAACAGGGCCUUGAAGGUGACACUGGGACCCCUGAGUUCCUGGGGCCAGUCAUGGGCUCUGCCUGGCACAUAGCACACCUGGCUGUGGUAUCCCUAGCCUUCCCCUUGGUGUCACAGGCCUGCCCAAAUGCGUUAGCCACAGGGCCAGGGGAGCAGGGGAAGCUGGGUCCACAGACUGAAUGUGACAUGACCUCAAACCAGACACGGAGGUGCCUAAGAUCUGCAAGUAGACAAGGGUUCUCACCAACACUGCCCCAGCUUCCCAGGUGCAGGCUGCUGGGCUCAAGGGAGGCCUGAAAGUGAACCUGCUAGAGGGGUCUGCCCUGCUCACCUCUGGCUGGUGCUCUCACCUGCUGUUCUGGGCUCCCCCCUCCCUGGUCACUAGGACUUCACAUCCCCCUCUGGACCCUGACACACUCAGAGGAUGCUGUCAAUGUUGAAAGAAUCAGACCUGA